CUUCUACUUUGGUGAAGCCUUGGCAUCAAUGUUCUUAUAAUCACAAUUACGUGAGACAACGUUCAAAUGAUGAAUCAGCUGGUAAAAAUUUCAUGGCUUAUUCAAAAAGACCAGUCGAAAAUAUUUCAAAUAGUCAUCAUUAUCAUUUGAUUGGUGUUCUUAUUCAUCCUUUUUUAAGUUGGAAUGGUGAUAAAAGUUUAUGA